AUGAAGUUCCCAGAAACAUCGCUUGUUCUAGUCGUGCUGUUGGCGCUAUCUGCAGGUGUAUCCUGUCUUAGGUCUUCGUUGUCGUUUUCGGGGAUUGCCAAACAGGUACUCGGUGAAGAAGAGUUGCCCAUUGAGGACGAUAAUGGCGCGCAGGAAUAUCUGUCACAGCCAGGAAAUGAAAGCAAUGUAGAAUGGGAUCCAAUGUGUCCCCUGGAAGGAAGCGGGGCUGUUUGCUUGGAUUCCAGCCAGAUCUCGGUUUGCUUGAGAGGAAAAGUGCUUCCGGCACGAGAUUGUCCGAAGGAUGCUCCUUAUUGCGUGAAUUCAGCGUUGGGAGGUUAUUGCUCGGUGAAGCCGGACGAGGAACGGGAAGACGACCGAACUAAUUUCCAGUGUUCGUCGGAGGGAUACUUUCCUGAUCCACACAACUGCAACUUCUUCCACCUGUGCGAUUCGGAUUUGAAGGCCACCAAGUACCACUGCAUGUCUGGCUACAUGUACGAUAUGGUGCAGAAGAAUUGCCGUAGACAGAGCUAUGGGGAGGAAUGCAAGAAACUGGACUGCGGGAAGUCCAACGGAGUAUGGGUAUAUUACGAAAGCAACAAGCAGUACUACGGCUACUGCUACCAGACGGAGGCAUCGGAAGAAGUAAUACUGUUCAAGUGCACUGACGGGUCCGAGUUUGACGGGCAGCAGUGCCAGUUCAAGUGCAGAGCGGAGGGGAAGUUUGCCGAUACGCAGGAUUACACGAGAUACUUCGAGUGCUACUACGUUGGAUUAACACUGCACUCGCGAGUGAAGACUUGUACCAAGGGAAUGGUUUUCGAUACCAGAGCCAAAUUCUGUUUACCUUCUCGAGGAAUGUUGCAUCAUUAA